GUCAAACACAUGGGACGGAGAAACCGCUGAAGAUCUAUCGCCUGCAAAACAUCAUAAUCGGAUCAAGCACGCAGACCGAUUCUUCUUUAUUUUUCUUUUUUAUUUUAAUUUUAGAAUUAUAUAUUUUUUUAGUUAUAGAUCCAAGAAUAUUACCCGUUUAUUAUUAUUUAAUUUUUUUUUAAAUUUUAGAAAUCAAUAUAAAUUAUUGAGGAUGAAUGUAAAUGAAUGAAUGAGAACCCCGCCUUCUUUGCUAUCUUUAACUAUAGAUUCAGCUGUAGUUAAUCUUUCCAACAUCACCGAUCUCUCUCCUCUUCCUGAUCAUAUCCUCAUCGAACUCUUCCUGAGAACAUUAAGAGCUGGAAAGCUAACUGAAAGAGUUCUCAAGCUGUUUAUAGCUACUGGCAAGGACGAGGUCUUCUCACUUAUCCAGGCACUCAACAUUCAAGUCACAAUUACCCCUGUCCUUCCUACUAGAUGUUCUGAGAAAUUGUGAGAUUGGUUUAAUCAGUGGGAUACGUAAUACUUUGGUCUAAAGAGUAACAACCAGCUGCAUUUAAGAGGCCUGACUAUUCUGAAUUCAAUUGUUAUUUGUACUUGGUAAGAUGUCUCUAGCUAUUAAGGAUGAUGAGAUUGAUGUUGUGAUAGGAGCACUCCGUUCUGACCUGACAUCAUUCAUGAAUGAGUGGAGACCUAUGUUCUCUCGAUUUCAUCUCAUAAUUGUCAAAGACCCUGAUUUGAAAGAGGAACUCAAAAUACCUGAAGGCUUUAACCUUGAUGUCUAUAAAAAGCCUGACAUAGAUCAAGUGGUGGGUUCUUCUACUGCAAUCAUCUUCUCUGGCUAUUCAUGCAGGUAUUUUGGCUAUCUUGUUUCUCGGAAGAAGUACAUUAUAUCUAUGGAUGAUGACUGUCUCCCAGCCAGGGACAAUAAAGGCUUUUUGGUGGAUGCUGUUGCCCAGCAUAUUACCAACCUUGCAACCCCAGCCACGCCUUUCUUUUUUAAUACUCUGUAUGACCCUUUCUCUGAAGGAGUGGAUUUUGUUCGUGGCUACCCAUUCAGUCUUCGGAGUGGGGUAAAAUGUGCUUUUUCAUGUGGGCUAUGGCUUAAUUUGGCUGACCAUGAUGCACCUACCCAAGCCCUCAAGCCAGGACAAAGGAAUUCCCGGUAUGUUGAUGCAGUUAUUACUGUUCCAGUUAGGGCCCUGGUGCCUGUUAGUGGAAUCAACAUCGCAUUUGAUCGGGAGGUGGUAGGACCUGCCUUGCUUCCAGCUUUGAGGUUGGCAGGGGAAGGUAAGUUUAGGUGGGAAACAAUGGAAGACAUAUGGAGUGGGAUGUGUGUUAAGGUUGUGUGCGACCACCUGGGGCUUGGUGUGAAAACUGGACUGCCUUAUGUGUGGAGAAACGAUAGAGGUGAUGCUAUAGCAAGCUUGAAAAAAGAGUGGGAGGGCGUGAAACUGAUGGAGGAAGUUGUACCUUUCUUUCAGUCGGUGAGGUUGCCACGGGAAGCUACAACAGCAGAGGACUGCGUAUUUGAGGUGGCAAAUGCUGUGAAAGAGCAGCUAGGAUCAAGAGAUCCAAUGUUUGCUCGUGCUGCUACAGCCAUGCUGGAUUGGGUCAAGCUCUGGAAAUCAGUUGGAUCUAGCUCAUCCUCCCCUCGGGUAUAGGAAUUAAUCAUGGUUAUAAUAUUUUUUAUGGCUAGAAUUAUUUCUAUGAUUCGCUCGUCCUUGAUGUCGGUGUUUUCAUCGAAUUCUACCCUAUCGAAGUACUUUUAUGAUGGUUGAUGAAUAAAGCAUAUUACAUCAUUGUUGUUGCAGAGAGGGUUAUGCAUAGUCUCAUUUUAGUUAAUGGCUAUAGAUACGCUGCAAUGUGAUUGUGUUUAUUUGAGAUUAUCUUCACUUCGCUGAUUGAUGGAACUUUUGGAUGGAGAAUUUGGGUUAAUGCCUCUCGAGUCAAAAAUCAUGAAUUAUUUCUGCUAAAUUCUCUCUUUUCUUUUAUAGGAAUUUCUAAGGAAUUUCCUUUUCCUCAUUCCCAUAAAAUUAUUAUUAUUUCCAAAAAUAAUGUCAUAGUUUAUCUUUACAAUUUAUUUACUAAAAGUAAACUACAAUAGACACUCAAUUGUCUUUUGAUAUCAGGAUUGUGUACGAUUAGCUGAGAAUUCCAACGUGACUUUUUGAAUAGAAAAUAUUAACAUUU